CUCUAGCAGCGCUGGGGUUUGAGUUUGUCCAGGACGAGCACCGCCAUUAGCCUGACAUGCUAAGGGACCUCCCCAGGAGGAGUUUUGACUGUGGCCCCUUUGGUAAAUAUUUUCCCUUCUUCAUUGGGGAUUUAAAUUUUGUUUCUUUCGGUACUAACUACUCCAUUCGUUUUUAGUCGAGCAAGAGGGGUUAGAAGAGGAGAUGGAAGGUGAUCUCUUGAUCGGCCACUUCAUUGUAGGGAAGAAGAGGAAGAGAGAUGCAGCCCGACAAGGCAGGAGCAAACGCUCUUCCUCCCGCUGUAAAGAUAGCCCCCAGCGGGACCAGGUCUUGAUCGAGGUGGAUGAUCAGGACGACGCGGCCCCGGAAAUGGGACUGGCGGCGAUUAGCUCCCCGCCGCAGUUCGUGUUGCUUGGGGGCGACCUGGCAGGGCCUUCUCAGAAGGCCCUCUCGGAGCGACCUCCCUCCCCACGUGUAGUGACGUACGAGGUGGCGACCGAGGGUCGCUCGACAAGGUUUAGCAUUCCUCCCCCGUCCCCAAGUCUAGGGGACGUACAGCUGGAGACCUUAGUCACCCUCCCCGCUCAUGACCGAGCCUGCAUCUCGGCCGGUUCCGAUGAUGAUCUCAACAACAUGGUUCUUCUGAAGCUUAGUCAGGCCACGCUGGGGAUGAUCGAGGUCGUUGGCCGGAGGCAAGAUCGCCAUGUGGCCAUGGAUGAGGCGAAGAAAGCCGCAGAAGACAGGCAAAGGGAGCUGCUGGAUGAGGUCGCUCGCCUUGCAAGGGAGUUGGAGGAGGAAAAGGGUCGCUCUGCCACACUGGAGGGGGAGAAGACUUCACUGUCUUCUGAGGUGGGAUCCAUCUCCGCCCGAGUUACCGAGCUGGAGGGAGAGAAGGUCAAUCUAAUCCAGCAACUGGAGGCCGAGAAGAAAGACCAAGCCCGUCGCUUGGAGGAGGCGGUUGAGUCCUUCAAAUCUUCCCCCGAGUUCACCGCGGUCGCUAUGGAGCGGAUGGCUAACUGGUGGUGGAGUGGCUCCAGACAAGACCCGGAGCCAUGUGGAUGCGAUCAUAGUCUCCUUCUUCUCUGUUCCACACGCUACGAACCGGAACAGAGCCACUAUUGGAAAAAGAAAAGAAAAGGAGAAAAAUAUACGGAGUAUGUGUCGCGCCGGAAGAGAAGGAACCGAACACAGCCGCUGCUGCUCCAGCGCCGCUUCUUAGUCGUUCGCCAGAAACAGAUUGCCGCCUCCGAGUUCGCCGUCUUAAUUCGAUUGUGAUUAGUUUAAUUCUUCAAUUAAUCGAGGUAACAUGAAUGAUGAAUAAGGAAAUAUCCUGGAG